CGAUACGCUAGACCAUCUCAUCGUGUCAUGUUCUGUCCUGAAAAGCCCAAAACCUCUUCGAAACCAGACAAAAUCCACCAAUCAAUGAAACAAUGCCGAAAACUUGUAAUUUUCUUGGCCUCAGAUCCAAUCCUCUCCCACUGUUUUUCUCCUCCACCGGAUAUUCCCCUUUCCUCCGAGCUUCUUCUGCUCUGAAUCUCCCGACGGCUGCUUCUAGACAUGUCGACCGUUGGAUUCGCGCUUCUUCACGUCGCCGACUGGUUCUGGGAGGUUUUAGCGGCGUUUCCUUGUGGAUGAACAAUAUGUCCGGUAAAUCUUUCAUAGCUUCCGCGAGGCAGACGAAUCCUUCUCCAGUCGAACAGGCGUUGAAUAAUGUGAAUUGGCCCGAGAAUUUUCCUUUCAAGGAAGAAGAUUUCCAGCGAUUCGACGAGUCGUCUGAUUCGACAUUCUACGAAGCUCCAAGGUUUGUGACACACAUUGAUGAUCCAGCCAUAGCUGCACUGACAAAGUAUUACUCCAAGGUUUUGCCUCAGAGCGAUACUCCGGGAGUGAGCAUACUCGAUAUGUGUAGCAGUUGGGUCAGUCAUUAUCCAGCCGGGUAUAAGCAAGAACGAAUAGUUGGAAUGGGUAUGAACGAAGAUGAACUUAAGCGCAAUCCGGUUCUUACCGAGUACAUAGUCCAAGACUUGAAUAUCAAUCCAAAGCUUCCUUUUGAAGACAACUCUUUCCAAGUUAUUACCAAUGUGGUAAGUGUGGAUUACCUUACAAAGCCACUUGAAGUUUUCAAGGAAAUGAACAGAAUCCUCAAGCCAGGAGGACUCGCACUAAUGAGCUUCUCGAACCGUUGCUUCUUUACGAAAGCAGUAUCGAUAUGGACAUCAACUGGCGACGCAGAUCACGCUCUCAUUGUCGGAUCAUACUUUCACUAUGCCGGAGGAUUUGAACCUCCUCAGGCGGUUGAUAUAUCUCCAAAUCCAGGACGUUCAGAUCCAAUGUACGUCGUUUACUCCAGAAAACUCCCCAUGGCUUAAAGCUGAGGUUGAAACCUUUCAUGUAUACACAUAAUCUUUACACCAAAACUCAGAUAGAGACAGGAAAUUAAUCUUCAUUUAAUCA